AUGGUUGGCUACAAAAUUGCGAAAUUUCUGUUGCUGACGAUGGCUGUUGACCUGCUGUUGUUUACUUCGACUGAGGUUAAAGCUUGGUGGGGUAGGCGACGUUACAGAUGCUCACCUCAUGCACCACCUAAAGGAGUCGCGUGGAAGAACCACUGGCACCAAUCCUUAUCCUUCGAAUGCAAAACGAGUAAGCCAAUAUAGGAUCACUACACGAUGAUGUCCCUUUCACUUGUCUAGGUUUACUAUAGGUUUCUUGUUAAGAUUCAAGGCUUUCCGGGCGUCUCCUCAAAUUUCCCGAUAGUCAUCUGUUACAAAUUUUAAAUCAGAUACUUCCAAAUUUACAGUCUUAAUUGUGGAAUUAUAAUUACGAAAUAUUUUAAUCAGUGGUAUCACUGGUAGUUAGCGUGUACACGGUCAGUGAUUUUGGUGUUUCAAUCAAACUGAUCGGUUCGCUAUCUUGGACUAUGACGUUUUAUUCACCGCACAAAGUAACUGAUAUGACUCUUUUUUGAAUAAGGAAAGGUCAACACUUCGAUGAAUAAUAGUGGCCUAUAUUAAGGCAUAUGUUCCCUCUGUCACUAUUCUCCUCGAUUUCGAUUAAUUGUGAUAUUAUUAUCAUUAUCAUUAUCAUCAUUAUUGAAUUAUUAUUAUCAACACUAUUUCCCACCCUUUUAUACUCCCUGCAUAAAGGACUUGUUUGUCCAUAGCGAACCUUUUAAUGAUUAUAUAUUAUAAGCCCGGACAAAGUAAAGGAUAAUAUUACUUAAUUAUGUUUUGGCAAACACACUCACAUUUAUUGGUACACAGUAAUUAGCGCAUUCUCCUGACUGAGUAAAUAAACGGAACUGAAGAAAGAUUAGAAUUGCAUACAUUGUCCUGUAUAUCUGCACAAGUUUUCAACUUCGUCUUUAUUUCUAAUUUCAUUCGCUUGUGUAAUCUUUAGGCAAAUCUAUUAGGCUUUGGCAGAGCGAGCAUAGCAACUGUGCGGAAGACCGCAUUCACUAUUUUGAAUGUGGAUAUGGUCCGGGACGAUACAGUGAGAGAAACUGCAGAUGGACCAGUCAUUACGUGAAUGACUAUGACGGACCAGUGACGUUCAAAUGUGGACAUAAUGGAUUUAUCACAGGAGUGAAGAGCCAUUACAACACCGGUGCUAGAGACCGCAGGUACUUAAUAUCUCUUUCCCUUCCUUUCUGAAACUGCUGAAAAUAUUAUUUCUGAACAUGCAAAUAGUUAACGUGUCCGUUUCUCUCUUCCCUUUUUUUCAUUCAGGUUUCAAUUCCGCUGCUGCCAUAAAUCUCGGUAUAGUAUCCGCCACUGUAAGCACACUGCUACUGUGAACCAUUGGGAUGGUUACUUGUCGUACAGAGUCCCUUCAGGAUACUUUUUGACUGGAGCGUACAGUCAUCAUGUCAACCGUUAUGAGUAAGUUUUAACAACCAUCUUCUCGUCUGAAUUUCAGCCAUCUCCUCGAGUCACAAACUCCUGAGGAAGACGACUGAAAUUUUCGCUAGGAGCUUCUCAGACGGUCAUCAUUCUUUGCCUGCUUUGAGCGUUUAUACUCCUGGUGAAAGUCCAUAUUUCUAAAAUUACUGCCAAAUAUGUAUCACAAGGGAGGCUGUACGUAAAUCGCAACAAAACUUUUGACUGAAACAUUAAUUAUUGUCCUAUGGGAUUUUAAGCUCAGCACUUGAAAUAUUACUCCGUCAGUUCUUAGAUGUGAGAGACAACACAGAAAUUUCACUUUUUUUACACAGAACAAGGAUUGUACUGAUAAAUUUGCCAUAAUAUUAUUUUUAUUUUUAUUAUUAUUAUUAUUAUUAUUAUUUUUAUUUUAGAAUUAACAUGUAUUACAAUUAAACUUUUUGUGUCCAUAUUAUUUCUAGGGAUCGUCGCUGGAAGUUUGAGAUCUGUCAAUUCAAACAAAGCCGUUAA